AUGUCUAAAGGCCAAGGACAGCUGGAAUCGGCGGAGGGGCCCCAAACCACAGGAUCAGUGGGACUACAGACGCUGCUGGAUCUGCUCGUAGGGGUCUAUCAAGAGUUCUGCACGUCGCCUUUUGUGAGGGAGAAGUAUGUGUCUGGAUUUCUGCAAUGGGCGGAGCCUCUAGUUCAACAAGUGAAGAGAACCAGGAUCAAGAGGGAGGACUUCCACAUCCUGAAGGUGAUCGGACGGGGAACGUUCAGUGAGGUGGCCGUGGCCCGGAUGCGCAGCUCUCAGCAAGUCUACGCUCUGAAGAUCAUGAACAAGUGGGACAUGCUCCAGAGAGGAGAGCAGACGGCGUGUUACCAGGAGGAGAGGGAGGUGCUGCUCAGAGGAGACCGGCGCUGGAUCACAGAGCUGCACUAUGCCUUUCAGGACGACAACUAUCUGUACCUGGUGAUGGACUACUAUGUGGGUGGUGACCUUCUGACUCUGCUCAGUAAGUUUGGAGACCGACUUCCUGAAGACAUGGCUCAGUUUUACUUGGCUGAGAUGGUCCUGGCCAUCGACUCUGUUCACCGACUGGGAUAUGUGCACAGGGACAUCAAACCAGACAACAUUCUGCUAACUGCAGAUGGACACAUCCGACUGGGGGACUUCGGCUCGUGUCUGCGUCUUUCUGAGGACGGCCUGAUCCAUUCGACAGUGGCGGUGGGGACCCCAGAUUACCUGUCCCCUGAGAUCCUGAGGGCCAUCGAGGGUGGAGGGGGCUACGGCUGUGAGUGUGACUGGUGGGCUCUGGGAGUCUGUGCCUACGAGAUGCUGCUGGGCUCCACUCCUUUCUACGCUGAGUCCAUCACAGAGACGUACGCUAAGAUUAUACAUUUUCAGGAGUACUUUGAAUUCCCCCCAUCUGGCGCGCAGCUUUCGGACAGGGCCCACUUGUUGGUCACGGAUCUCAUCAGCGAGCGGGACGUCCGGCUGGGCAGGAGGGGGGCCGGGGACUUCAGGACACACCCCUUCUUCAGCGGAGUGGACUGGAGCGCGCUACACAAGGCCACCGCGCCAUACAAGCCCGAAGUGACCAAUCCCACCGACACAUCCAACUUUGACGUGGUGGACGACUGCCUGAGUGAAAUGGAGACCCUCUCAGACGUGAUGGACCGGGCUCCUCUGGGGGUGCACCUGGCCUUUGUUGGAUACUCCUACACCGCCACCAGCCAGACGGGGGCCAUGGACCGCAGUGAAGACAUCCUGCUGCAGAUGGACCACACGCGCCUCAGGGAGUGUGAGAAGAUGCACAACACUGACAAACUGAGGCAUUUAUGGCAGCUUCGGGGUUCUCUGCCUGACAACCUGAACGUCCUGCUGCAGCUGCCUUUGUCUCUGGGACCCAGCUCUCCGGUCAGCCCCACUGUCUCCACCGUGUCCACUGCUCUGUCCACCACUGUGUCCACUCAAACCACAGAGAGUGAGGAGGACAUCCACAUAUCUGCUGUUCAGAAGGACUUGCACAGGCGUCUGGAGGAGGCCCACAGGAAGUGUGGAGAGCUGGAGCAGGAGCUGGACAGGCUCCGAGGAGAGCUCCAGGACUGGAGGAGCGCCAAGGCCACAGGCGAGACGCACACACACCCACACACAGAGCUGCCUGUCCACUGUAUGGAUGUACCUGCAUAUCGGAGAGGGCCCCCUGUCUGCCACUACCCACUGGUCAUCCCUGUCCACAGGCACAUGCUGCUCUUUCACAGGGUCCACCGGCCUCAGGUGAGGAAAUCUGCCGCUUCCCACCUCUGCACCUUCUCCACCGACUCCCACUGA